AUGGCAUCAUUUCCCGAGAGACAAAAGCGUUCCAACUUCCAAUUCCGCACAUACCGUACCAUUGGGUCACAGCUGGUCAAUUACCAGUCUCAGGCUUACCUUGACUUCCCCUUCCCGCAGCCAGGCGUGUAUCGCGGGGUUCGAAAAGGGGAGGCACUCUUCCACAGCGAGUAUCAGUACCCAGCAAGAGGCCCAGGAGACGUUAUCAGGGUGGAUCCGCGCCCAGCUGGCCUGUCGGCCGCUCGCCAGCGCCUUCGACGGAAGCUAUUACCUCGGCGGCUUCAUUGGUCGAAAGAUCUUGGCUUUGGAGGCAAUGGACUGGCCAGUCUCUUCUUCCUUUCUGACGGCAGUCCCAACAGCCGACGACAGUAUUUCGUCGCCAAGUGCAACCUUGGGGGGGGUCAGGACGUCGACGAAACUUUGCGUCACGAAAAGAUGACGACCGACGAAUUCCAGGAUGCCAUGCAUAUCAUUCAGACGCGCAAGAUCCCCCCGGUGCAGAACCCACGCAGUUCCCGCAGGCUGCGGGACCGGGAGGGUCCUCAGGCUUCGCGCAGAUGGACUGAGGCUGACCGCGAUUUGAGGGGGGCCAUGCUUCUCGAGUACUGCCAGCGCGGAAGCCUACACAAGGCCCUUUGCGUCUCGGAUGCGAAGAAGAUCCACUUUCCCGAGCGAGCACUCUGGCACAUGUUCCAUUGCCUCAUUCAAGCGCUCAUCGCCAUGGCCUACCCGCCCCCACGACAUGGAGACCUCUAUGACGGUCUACUCCCUCCUUUCAUGGAAGAGAUUCCGCAGGAUAGAGAAAAGGCCAGAUGGGUACACUUCGACAUUGACCCCCACAAUGUCCUCGUGCACAAAAGCAAGCCCGGUUCAGAUCAUCCGCUGAUCCCGGCUCUGAAGCUGAGUGAUUUCGGACUUGCUCAUGAACUAGACGAGCGGAACCUGACAGACAACAACCACAUGCUCACGUUCAGGGGCUGGGCGAAACACUUCUUCUUUACGCCGGAACAAUUCACCGGCGAAUGGGACCAUAUCCCCAUCAGCCAGGGGCCGGGAACGACCUAUCCGCCGCCCCGGGUUGCCGGCAACUUCUCCUGGAAAACCAACCUUUUCCAGAUGGGAGCUGUCAUGGCGUGCCUCAUUACCCAAUGUUACGUCCCGACACCUCCUUGGCCCAUGUGGACAUUCAUCCCCGGGCGUGCUCUAGACCCCGAGUACUACAGCGACUCCCCCGAGGAAGACAAUGCCCCUGCCCCUGCCCCCGGCCCCGCCCAUUAUAACGGCGACGACUACGACGACGAAAACGAAGAACAGAUUCCCCCCCACCACGGCCACCAAACCCACUACCCAGCCCCGCCAUCCUCCCCCUCCUACGCACCCCCGCCACCCUCCCCCCCUUACGCACCCCCCCUCUACUACGACCACGCCGACCACGGCUACCCCUUCUAUCCGCACCCCAACCCCAACCACUACCCGCGGCAAAACCACGACGACCUCCUCCCGGACGGCGCGCCCGUCGGCGGCAGCGGCUACAUCCGGGCGUGGUCGUACGGGCAGUACCUGUUCAGCGACGAGGACCGCGGGUCGGACGCGAGCGAGUUCGGCCACGUGUCGGUGCGCCUGCGCGAGCUGGUCGCCUGGUGCAUGACUGACGAUCCGGCCUAUCGGCCGAGUCUGAGGUGGUUGGAGAGGGAGGUGCGCGAAGAGAUUAUGCGGAGGUAUGGCGAGGAGCCGGAUGGGGGGUUGGAGGGGGAGAGUACGCGCGAGGUGAGGGAGUGGAUUAAGACGUGUUUGGAUACGCCGGUGCCGAGGCAGCCAAAGGGGCAGGCUGCGGGGGUUGGCGGGGGCGGUGAGGGUGGUGAAGGGGGUGGUGUGGGUGGGGGUGGGCAGGGUUAG